GUGGCUCCCGCAGCCGGCGCUGGGGACGCGCGCGGCCGAGCCCGGGGCCUGUCGCUGCCGCCGCCGCCGCCGCCGCCAGGUGGUGACUGGACUCUAGACCAUGUGCCUAGGUAGUUUUUCCCUUCUCCGCAGCUCUGCUUCCCCAGCAACGCUCACCACACCCUUGUUUUGAGAACCUCACUAAGUACUUGUCAGCAUCCAGCCAUGGGGGAUAUGAAAACUCCAGAUUUUGAUGAUCUCCUGGCUGCCUUUGACAUCCCAGAUCCCACAAGUCUUGAUGCAAAGGAGGCCAUCCAGGCUCCCAGUGAGGAGAAUGAGAGUCCCCUGAAGUCUUCAGGCAUGUGUAUCGAUGAGAAUGUGUCCUUGUCGCACUCAGGAUCAGCCCCAGAUGUGCCAGCCGUGAGUGUCAUUGUCAAGAACACCAGCCGCCAAGAGUCGUUUGAAGCAGAGAAAGACCACAUUGCUCCCAGUCUCCUACAUAAUGGAUUCCGGGGCUCAGACCUGCCCCCAGACUCCCACCACUGUGGGAAGUUUGAUUCUACUUUUAUAAAUGGAGACAGUGCUAGGAGUUUCACAAGCAAGCUAGAGCCUUCCAAGUCGGAGCCAUUACCCACCUUCAACCAGUUCAGCCCAAUCUCUAGCCCAGAGCCUGAGGAUCCUGUCAAAGAUAAUGGGUUUGGGAUAAAGUCCAAGCACUCUGACAGUUAUUUCCCACCUCCUCCUGGGACUGUGGGAGGCCCAGUCCUGGAAGCUCUGUCAAAAUUCCCAGUCCCGGAACUACACAUGUUUGAUCACUUUUGUAAGAAAGAACCUAAACCAGAACCCUUGCCUUUAGAGAGCCAGCAGGAGCAUGAGCAGGGUGGGCAGAAGGUGGUGGAGCCUCACAAAGAUCUGGAUUCCAGUCGGUUCUUUGGGGAAGCUUUAGAGUUCAAUAGUCACCCUAGCAACAGUAUUGGAGAGCCCAAGAAGCUUGCUCCAGAGCUUAGUGCUUGCUCCUCUGUCCCUCCUAGGCAGCGUCUGAAGCCAGCCCAUUCCAAGUUAUCCUCUUGUGUUGCAGCCUUGGUGGCCUUACAGGCCAAAAGGGUGGCCAAUGUCACCAAAGAGGAUCAGCCUGGUCACACAAAGGAUUCCUCAGGGCCCACUAAAGAGGGUUCUAAAGGCAGCCCCAAAAUGCCCAAGUCACCAAAGAGUCCCCGGAGCCCUCUAGAGGCCACUAGAAAAAGUAUCAAGCCAUCUGAUAGCCCUCGGAGCAUCUGCAGUGACAGCAGCAGCAAAGGGUCUCCUUCUGUGGCUGCCAGCUCCCCACCAGCAAUUCCCAAAGUCAGAAUCAAAACAAUUAAGACAUCAUCGGGGGAAAUCAAACGGACGGUUACCAGGAUCCUGCCAGACCCUGAUGAUCCAAGCAAGUCCCCUGCUGAGUCCCCUGCAGGGAGCACAAUCACUGAGGCUCCAAGUGAGGCACCAGGGGAUGAAGGCACAGCCAUGCCUGUGGAAGAGCACUUUUCUGAGGCAGGCAUACAUUCAGGGAGCCCCCAGGGUGACAGAAAAGGGGAUGAGAAUAUGAUCAAAACCAGUGACUCUUCAUCUCCCUGCCGCAUCUCUGGGUCCAGGGUCCCAAAAGGAUCUGCCCUGAACUCACAGGCAAGCAAGAAGCAACAGAGCACAGCACCUCAGGCAUCAACCCCCGCUGCCAGUCUCUUGCCCAAAGCUGUGCACUUGGCCAACUUGAACUUGGUCCCCCACAGUGUUGCCGCAUCUGUGACUGCCAAGUCCUCAGCACAGAGACGGAGCCAGCCUCAGGUCACGCAAAUGACAGUGCCCCUGGUCCACCAGGUGAAAAAGGCCGCCCCUCUAAUUGUGGAGGUCUUCAACAAGGUCCUUCACAGCUCUAACCCUGUGCCCCUCUAUGCGCCAAAUCUCAGCCCACCUGCAGACAGCAGAAUCCACGUGCCGGCCAGUGGGUACUGCUGCCUGGAGUGCGGAGACGCGUUUGCCUUAGAGAAGAGCCUGAGCCAGCACUAUAGCCGGCGCAGUGUCCACAUUGAGGUGCUGUGCACACUGUGCUCUAAGACACUGCUCUUCUUCAACAAGUGCAGUCUGCUUCGGCAUGCCCGUGACCACAAGAGCAAGGGACUUGUCAUGCAGUGCUCUCAGCUGCUUGUGAAGCCCAUCUCUGCGGACCAGAUGUUUGUGGCGGCUCCCGUGAACUCCACUGCACCAGCAACCCCAGCCGCUUCUUCCUCCCCCAAACCCAGCCCCACUUUGGACAAUGCCAGCUCUGUAAUUCCAGCCUUGCCACUUUAUCCAGACCCAGUGAGGCUCAUCCGGUAUGGAACCAAAUGUCCUGAGUGUCACAAGCAGAUGCGAGAUUAUAUGGUCCUGGCUACACAUUUCCAGAGGACAACAGAGGAAACCGAGGGGCUAACUUGUCAGGUAUGCCAGAUGCUGCUGCCCAACCAGUGCAGCUUCUGUGCACACCAGCGGAUCCAUGCACACAAGUCCCCCUACUGCUGCCCGGAGUGCGGUGUCCUCUGUCGCUCUGCUUACUUCCAGACUCACGUAAAGGAGAAUUGCCUGCACUAUGCCCGAAAAGUGGGCUACAGGUGCAUUCACUGUGGUGUCAUCCACCUGACUUUGGCCUUGCUGAAAAGCCACAUCCAGGAGCGACACUGCCAGGUCUUCCACAAAUGUGCAUUCUGCCCCAUGGCCUUCAAGACUGCCAGUAGUACGAUGGACCACAGUACCACCCAGCACCCCACCCAGCCCCACAAACCCUCCCAGCUAAUUUAUAAGUGCUCCUGUGAAAUGGUCUUCAAUAAGAAGAGGCACAUUCAACAACAUUUUUACCAGAAUGUCAGCAAGACACAGGCGGGUGUUUUCAAGUGCCCUGAGUGCCCACUGCUGUUUCUGCAGAAACCAGAGUUAAUGCAGCAUGUCAAGAAUACCCAUGGUGUUCCCCGGAACGUGGAGGAGCUGUCAAGCCUCCAGUCUUCAACAGACACAUCUUCUAACCGCCCUGGCUCUCGAGCUCCUGCCGAGCCCCCAGCUACAAAUGUAGCCGCUAGAGGCAGCUCCCUGACUGCUGGCCGUUGGGGCCGGCCAGAAGCUCACCGCAGGGCUGAAGCAAGGCCCCGGAUGAGGAGCACUGGUUGGACCUGUCAGGAGUGCCAAGAGUGGGUUCCUGAUCGAGAGAGCUACGUGUCUCACAUGAAAAAGAGCCACGGUCGGACGCUGAAGCGGUACCCAUGCCGGCAGUGUGAACAGUCCUUUCACAACCCUAGCAGCCUGCGCAAACACAUUCGCAACAACCAUGACACAGUAAAGAAGGUCUACACUUGUGGGUACUGCACCGAGGAUAGCCCCAGCUUUCCUCGGCCCUCCCUCCUGGAGAGCCACAUUAGCCUUAUGCACGGUAUCAGAAACCCUGAUUUGAGCCAGACGUCCAAAGUCAGACAUCCAGGUGGACCUUCCCCUCAGGUGAACCAUCUGAAAAGACCUGUCAGCAGAAUGGCAGACGCUCCAGGCACUAGCAAUGGUGCGACUGUUUCCUCCACCAAAAGGCACAAGUCCCUGUUUCAGUGUGCAAAGUGCACCUUCGCCACAGACUCGGAACUUGAGUUCCAGAGCCACAUACCUCAGCACCAGGUGGACAGCUCCACAGCCCAGUGUCUUCUCUGUGGCUUGUGCUACACAUCUACCAGCUCCCUCAACCGCCACCUGUUCAUAGUCCACAAAGUGAGAGACCAGGAAGAGGGGGGAGAAGACAUUGUGGAGGUGAAGGUGGAAGCCCCAGACUCCGAGGCAUGCUCUGGAGAGGAGGUAGCCAUGGAGACGAAAGAGAAUGGACUGGAAGAAUGUGCCAGUGAGCCUUUGGUUACUGACCUAGGAGGUCAGCAAGGUCUGGCUCUGGAUGAAGACAGUGCCCAAGACCCUCAGAAUCAACCACAGGCCUCUCAGGACCAGAACAGCCAUGCACUAUCUCCUCAGGUGUGACCAGAGGCUUUGUAGCCAUCAGUCGGGCUGUGGUACCCUCCAGCUGCUGUGCAGACCGUGGGAAAUAAAGAGCUCUGUCGCAGUGUUUGUGUGGCCACUGUGCUCUGGAGCAGUGUCUAUUCUGAGCUGUGGGUUCUGGAUAUCUCCCAGCCCCCCAAAAUGUGGGGUCACCCAGAAUUCUUCACAGCUCUGAAUUUGCUUCUGUUAUUUAUGGCUUAAUGCUGCUUAUUGAUACCCCAAUUCUCAUCCAUGUCCUUCCAGCCCCAGGCUACUUAGGUAGUACAGCCCCAGUGCUGUGUGUCAGCUCAGUGUGCAACCCCUCAGUAGCUGUGCUCUGGGCUUCCUACCUGCAGUGUUCAUCGGGAGACACCGCAGAGUUCUCCUUCCUGCCUUCAGAGCCCAAGAAGGAGGGAAAUGAAGGGUGCUGGCCAUUCCUCUGGGAACUCUGCCCAGCUUGGCUUGGUGAGGUCCCUUGUUCACCCUUUCCUUCCUGUCUUCUUUCUCUGAUUCUUUUUCCCAGAAUCAUCCUGAGGACUUCACCUGUCACUCUGAUCAUGUCUCUGUGGGUGGGAAAAAUGGCAGUACACUCCUGUUUCGACCUGAGAGAAGCACGAAGUAUGGCCAAGGCAGGCAGGUGCCAAGAGCCAGAUCCUCUUUGGGGCUGUGGUGGGUUUUCCUUCUGCUGCUGUCCUGCAAUCCCUGACAGGUGGGGUGUGUGGCACACAGAUAUUGGGGUAUUUGUAUUUUUGUUCCUGUGCCAUUAGAGCUGCUGCUGCCUCAGGAAGGCCAGCUCCUCCUCUCGGCUACACUCUUGUUGCUCAGACUAUAUUUCAAUAAAAAAAAAUCUUACCAUGCAGGUAGGCUCUUGUAUUCCUCUUCUGGUGAGCUAGCCCUUCCCUGCUCCACCUGAGACUCUUCCCAGACAGCCCUGACUGCCCCAUCUGAAGCAAAACAGCAUUUCCUGCUGCCCACGGGAGCUCUAGGUUCUGGGGCUUGUGCUUGGGAAAGCAGGAGUCCUAUACAUCUUGGUUCUCUGGAGAGUUCUAAAGGAGCAGGGUGGUGUGGUGGGGUGUCAGUACUGGUCAAGAGCCACCUCCAAGGACUGGCCUGGCAGCAUUAGCCUUAAGGUCUAUUGAUAUUCUCUGGACAUCUUUCCAUCGAAGGGUUUUCAACCCAAGAGAUUCUUGGUGAGGAACGAGGAGAAGGAAUUCUGUGACAUUCAUACAACAUUCAGAGACUGCUAUUGCCACAGCAAAUCCAGACUUGGUAGAAAUGGGAUUAGAUGAGACUGGGACAAGUUGUGGGAAGGUGUUCUUGGACCCAACAGGCUCGGGCUAGGUCCUGUAGCACAGGGAAGGGGUGCUGGCUGAGUUCCUAGGCUUGAUCUUUCAAGGGAGGCAUGAAUACCAAUUAGGAAUCAAGUUGGAUAAAUAUGCAUGACCUUUUCACAACUGAAGACUUUUUUUUUCCUUGCUCUAUCAAAUGCCAAAUUUUUAGUGAAAAGCUAGUGGCAGUGGGAAAAGUUAGUGCUUGCCUCGGUUCCAGAGAGGCUCUGCUGUACACACCAUUUUAAUGAGCAUUCUUUCUGGCAAGGCCUCCACUUCUCUGCUUCCCCAGCUGACAGUGAAGGGAAGCAAGCCCUACUGAGCGGGUCCCAAGCCAGCCACUGCCCCUUUCCCAGUUCCUUCACAUACCCUGCUUUCUCUUCAGAUCCCGUCAGUCCUUCACCUCAUGCUAAUCUCCCCCAUGUGGGAGAUUACCCAACAUUGUACCCCAGAUCGUUCAUGAGAGCAGGUUCUUAAGGAGGGCUUUGAGCUGUAUGGCUGCAUUUCUUCCCACUCAGAAACCAUGGGAGCUGGAGAACAAAGAAGGUGGAGAAACUAAGGGUGGAGCCACUGUCCUCAUAUCAGAUCCAGCCUCUUGGAAUAGUAGAAUAGGACCUGCUGUGGGAAACCUGUGCUGCCCUCAGCCAGUCCCUAGCACCCUCAUCCUCAUGGGCUCCUCUCUCAGCAGAGGUAGGAAUCCUCAUCCAGCUACUUCAAGACUUUCCUGAGGUCAUGAGUGCGCAAGCGCUCUAGGUUCCAGGCUACCAUGUGGCUAGGGGCUUCUGCACUUGUAGACACAGUGAGGUGGAGCUCAUCUCACUGGAUGUGGGGUUCAGUUAGGAACGGGGCCCGUUUGCUUAUCCAUUAUGCAGUGAUGAUGAAGAUCGCAUUCCCAGCCCUCCUCAGGUCCAGCAUCUUGUUUAACUCUUACCAGAGACUUUCACUUCAUCAUCACAAGGAUCUCAGCUACCCUUCUAUUUUACAGAGGCAAAAAACCAGCCUUAGGUUAAAUGACAGACAUAUUGGGCUACCUGUGAUGACGGUGCUGAGUCAAACCUGUGCUGCCUUAGUGACAGGGCUGCUCUGGCUGCAGCCAGCCUGUCAGCAGUGUGGAGCCAUCCAAAGCCCACCCUUCUAGUUCCCAAAAAAGGCAGGGUGCCCCUUAAUGUCAGAUCCUCCAGUGCCUUGUCACCCCAAGGAGGGCCCUGCGUUUGCACAUGCGGUGUCCCUGAUGUCGUCUCUCACUGGGGUUUACUUUCCAUAUGAAGAGCCAUCAUUUCUGGAGCACUCUUUAGAAGAGGUUACCUAAUGUCUGGGGAACACACGGUUCCCUUCGAGUCAGUAUCUCCUGAUUGCUCAGGACAGUGUUUUAGUACACUGUCGGUCAUCCGAGGAUGCUUGCUGUAACAGAUACUUCCCCUGCAGCGGAUGCUCUCCUGACCAAGCUAGCUUAGAUCUGCUACCCUCUAGAAGCUACCCAUCUGGAUACCCUGAGGCUUGACAAAUGACUAGUAUUUACUCUCUAACUGCUUUGUCUCUGUAAAAUGAUAUGCUGAAUUUCCGUGGACUAAUUGUUGUAAAGAAUUUGCCUCUUAUGUAAACAGUCUGGGUUUUAAAAAUUUAAUGGUUGUGUUGUGGCCCACCUUAGAAUUCCCACAUUUUGCCUUGCCCUAGGCUGAGGAACUUCUGUCCUGUAUACCAUUGUACAUUCAACACCAGGUAAUUUAAAAAACUUUUUUUGGGGGGGUUUGGAAAAAUAGAUACAUAUACAUUUGACAACAUAAGGCAUUCAACAGUACAAAUGAACAUACAAUAAAAAGUAAAGUUCUUGGUGGAGGUCAGCUUCCAGUGCCCUUGCCAGAGUUCCUCAUUGUUAUCUCUACCUUGUGUAUCCUUUCAGAGCAAUUCUAUGCAUUUAUGAGUUUAUAAAUAUGUAUAUUUAUAUAUCUAUUUUUAAUACAAACAGUAGCAUUC